AUGAGGUUUCUCACUCCCAAACUCCUCAGAAUUGAUCUUGCUGGUCGUGAUCUCACUGACUACCUCAUGAAGAUCUUGACUGAGAGAUGUUAUGCUUUCAUUACAACUGCUGAAAGAGAAAUUGUCAGAGACAUCAAUGAGAAGCUCUGCCAUGUCGCUCUUGACUUCGACGAAGAAAUACAAAGGCUGCCUCAUCAUCAGAACUCGAGAAGUCACAUUAACUUCCAAAUGGUCAAUUCAUCACAAUUGGCAACAAGAGAUUCAGAUGUCCAGAAGCACACCACUAGCCAUCAUUCCUUGGUAUGGAAGCAUCAGGUAUCCACGAGACAAUUUACAACUCAAUCAUGA